CAGCGGAGCGGAAGAGGCGGAGUUCGAGCCAAAAUGAGGGAAAAUAAGAACAUGUCCGAGUCCCCCUCUCAAGCGGGAAAAGAAAUACCGGCGAAAAAACAAAAACUAAGCAGUGACGAGAACAGUAACCCCGAUUUAUCAGGAGACGAGAAUGAUGAUGCCGUCAGCGUUGAGAGCGGGACCAAUGCAGAGCGUCCAGACACGCCCACUAACACGGCCAACGCCCCCGGCAGAAAGAGCUGGGGCAAGGGCAAGUGGAAGUCCAAGAAGUGCAGAUAUUCUUUUAAAUGUGUCAACAGUCUGAGGGAGGACCACGGCCAGCCGCUGUUUGGCGUCCAGUUUAACUGGCACAGCAAAGAGGGAGACCCGCUGGUGUUCGCCACAGUCGGGAGUAACAGGGUAACUCUGUAUGAAUGUCACUCUCAGGGAGAAAUAAGACUCUUGCAGUCUUAUGUCGAUGCAGACGCAGACGAGAACUUCUACACGUGCGCAUGGACCUACGACACCAACACAAGCCAUCCUCUGCUGGCCGUCGCCGGGUCCCGUGGCAUCAUCCGGGUCAUCAACCACAUCACAAUGCAGUGUAUCAAGCAUUACGUAGGUCACGGGAAUGCCAUCAACGAGCUCAAGUUUCAUCCGAGGGAUCCAAAUCUGCUCCUGUCUGUCAGCAAAGAUCACGCCCUUCGUCUGUGGAACAUACAGACCGACACGUUAGUGGCAAUAUUUGGCGGCGUCGAAGGUCAUCGAGAUGAAGUCCUCAGCGCUGAUUUUGAUCUUCUGGGUGAAAAGAUAAUGUCGUGUGGGAUGGACCACUCCUUAAAACUUUGGCGGAUCAAUUCAGAGAGAAUGCAGAAAGCCAUCCGAGGGUCGUAUGAGUACAACCCCUCCAAGACCAACAGGCCUUUUGUCUCACAGAAAAUUCACUUCCCCGACUUCUCAACACGAGACAUCCAUCGAAACUACGUGGACUGCGUGCGGUGGCUCGGGGACCUUAUUCUUUCCAAGUCGUGUGAAAACGCCAUCGUCUGCUGGAAACCAGGAAAGAUGGAGGACGACAUCGAUCACAUUAAACCUAAUGAGUCCAAUGUGACGAUUCUGGGACGCUUUGAUUACAGCCAGUGUGACAUUUGGUACAUGCGCUUCUCCAUGGACUUCUGGCAGAAGAUGCUGGCUCUGGGAAACCAGGUGGGGAAGCUUUAUGUUUGGGACCUGGAGGUGGAAGACCCUCAUAAAGCAAAGUGCACCACACUGACCCUCCCCAAAUGCACGUCGGCCAUCCGGCAAACCAGCUUCAGCCGCGACAGCAGCAUUUUGAUAGCCGUUUGUGACGACGCUUCGAUCUGGCGCUGGGAUCGCCAGCGCUGAACAGAAGACGAAUUUUUGGUUCCUGUUGCUUCCCGACCUGCUGUACAGAUCUACACUGCAAGAAAUGUCCGUUUGAACAUUUAAUCUCACAUGUGGUCUAAAAAUACAGUAUUUCCUUUAAAAAUAAGCGAGAAAUCAUGCCAAGACAAGAUGAGAUUAUUCCUUUUGUUUUCAUGUCCUGUUUGUGUGCUGGCAGGAUGUUUGACGACACGCUGGAUGUUGGAUGAAUGAACGUUUAAUAUCCAACAAAACAUCAGUGGAGAUCUGGGGAUUAUUCUUUUAAAUAUAAAAAACAAACAGAUGGACUUUGGUUCAAAUCAUGAUAAAUAUUUUAACUGAAGUAGAAUUUAAAUGUUGAGGAGCGAGACGUCGGUGAAAUGUGUGUGCCUUCUAGAUUUCUAUGCAGUCUCAUUUAUUCAAACAUGAAUAACAACAAAACAAGUGGAAUCAUCUCAAUCAACUUUUGGUCACGUUUUAGAAAAAAAAAACUUAAAGACACAACAGAUGAAAUGACUUAAGAAGGAUUUUACUUGCAGUGUGCCACGUUUUUUUUUUAAAUUUUUUUUUAUCUGUAAGUCCACACACAAGAAAUGAAGAUUUUUGUGGGAUUAUUUUUGUACAUUUCUUUGCAUCGUUUUAUUUUAAACGUCCUGUUUGCUUCGACGCCUCUCCUCUUGCUCGCUCCUCCACAUAAACACACUUUGACUGUUGCAUCUUUACAGUAAAACCAUUUGACUUUAGAGGCUUUGAGUACUCAAUAAAAUGUAUUUUGUAAAUAUA